GGCUUCGUCCCCCCUCCGGCCUCCCCCUCCCUCCUCCUCCCUCAUCGAUCCGGCCAAAAGCGAAGCAAAGCAGAGCAUAUUGCUCCAUCGGUCUCGCCAAAAGAGCAGCGGAACUGGGGAUCGAGGGGGCACCAAGAAAGCGAGCCGAGCGCAUCACGCAGGGCUCCCUUUUUCUCGCUCAAAAAGAAUAGAUCACUCCCUCCCUCUAUCGCAGCUAGCCGCACUUGGAAUUGGAUCGCUGCCACUCGCCAUCCUCUCUCGCUCAUAGCCAUAGCCUGGCAUCUUAGCUAUAGCUGCCUACUAGCUAGCCUCCUCCUCCUCCUCCUCAUCCAGCCUGCUACCCUUCCAAGGGUUCUCAGUUCUCACUGCGCUGCCAUUAAAAACCCCUUGCUUGUUACCACGGCGACCUCGAGCAUGCGCACGCUUCAUGUGGCCGCCUCGCCGCAGUAGCAGCUUACAUGGAUACGCUGUUUAGGUUGGUUAGCCUCCAAGCCUCCGAGCAGCAGCAGCAGUCAGCGUCCUACAACUCGAGGAGCACCACGUCGAGCGGCUCCAGGUCGUCGUCGCACCAGACCAACGCCUCCUACAACUACUACUACCACAGCAACACCAGCAGCGGCGGCGGCGGGCAGUACUACUACGGCCAGCAGCACCAGCACCAGCAGUACUACCUGGAGCCGUACCAGCAAGAAGAAUGCGGCAACGCCCACCACCUUUACAUGGAUGAAGACUUCUCAUCCUCGUCCUCGUCGAGGCAGCACUUCCACUCGCACGGCGCGGCGGUGCAGCCGCCGACGUCGUCCGUGGCCACGGCGCCGACGCCCCCGCUGUCCACGUCGUCCACGGCCGCGGGGGCGGCGCACGCGCUGUUCGAGGCGGCCGACCUCUCGUUCCCGCCAGACCUCAACCUCGACUUCUCGUCCCCGGCGUCGUCCUCCGGCGGGGGCGCGGCGUCGUCGGCGGCGGUUGGGGGAGGGGGCGGCGGGAGGUGGGCGAGCCAGCUGCUGCUGGAGUGCGCCCGGGCGGUGGCGGCGCGGGACAGCCAGCGCGUGCAGCAGCUGAUGUGGAUGCUCAACGAGCUGGCGUCGCCGUACGGGGACGUCGAGCAGAAGCUGGCCAACUACUUCCUCCAGGGGCUCUUCGCGCGGCUCACGGCGUCCGGGCCGCGGACGCUGCGCACGCUCGCGGCGGCGUCCGACCGGAACACGUCGUUCGACUCCACGCGGCGCACGGCGCUGCGGUUCCAGGAGCUCAGCCCGUGGUCGUCCUUCGGACACGUGGCCGCCAACGGCGCCAUCCUGGAGUCGUUCCUGGAGGCCGCCGCGGCGUCGUCGGAGCCGCAGCGGUUCCACAUCCUCGACCUCAGCAACACGUUCUGCACGCAGUGGCCGACGCUGCUCGAGGCGCUCGCCACGCGAUCCGCUGACGACACGCCGCACCUGUCGAUCACCACCGUGGUGUCGGCCGCCCCGUCCGCGCCGACGGCCGCCGUGCAGCGCGUGAUGCGGGAGAUCGGGCAGCGGAUGGAGAAGUUCGCGCGGCUGAUGGGCGUGCCCUUCAGCUUCCGCGCCGUGCACCAUGCCGGGGACCUCGCGGAGCUCGACCUCGACGCGCUCGACCUGCGCGACGGCGGCGCCACCACCGCGGUCGCCGUCAACUGCGUCAACUCGCUGCGCGGCGUGGUGCCGGGCGGUGCCCGCCGGAGAGACGCGUUCACCUCGUCCCUCCGGCUCCUCGACCCGCGGGUCGUCACCGUCGUCGAGGAGGAGGCCGAUCUCGUGGCUUCUGACCCGGACGCAUCCGAGGAAGGCGGCGACACGGAGGCAGCCUUCUUGAAGGUGUUCGGCGAGGGCUUGCGGUUCUUCUCGGCUUACAUGGAUUCUCUCGAGGAGAGCUUCCCGAAGACUAGCAACGAGAGGCUGGCAUUGGAGAGGGGAGCCGGACGUGCCAUCGUGGACCUGGUCUCGUGCCCGGCGUCGGAGUCCAUGGAGCGGCGGGAGACGGCGGCGUCAUGGGCGCGCCGCAUGCGGUCGGCCGGGUUCUCUCCGGUGGCAUUCAGCGAGGACGUCGCCGACGACGUGCGGUCACUGCUCCGCCGGUACCGGGAGGGUUGGUCUAUGCGGGAUGCCUGUCUAGACGACUCGGCAACCGGAGCAGGCGUCUUCCUCGCGUGGAAGGAGCAGCCUCUCGUGUGGGCAAGCGCGUGGAGGCCAUGAUUGAGAUCGAUCGAGGAUCGGAGCUCAUCCACGCAAACGCAAGCUCGGUGAGUACGUACGUGGAAUGAACAGCAUGAGCCGGGAGAGAGGCAAGGGCGCCGCCAUACCUAGCCAUCCAGCGUUGAUGCAUCGAUCGAUGAUCCAUGCUUUGGAUCUCGCGCACGUGUGCAUGGGUAUGGCUUGCUCGAUCUCUCUCCUUGCUCGUCUUGAAAACCGAUCGAAUGGAAUGGCUCACACAUGUAGGGUUUUGAAGCAGCGUAAGCGUAGGGAUUGCUCACGUACACAUUGGUUGCAGCGAGGUGAUGAAUCGAAGAGGAGGCCGGGUGUGGUCGAUAGUUUUAGGUUUUAGACUUGAUCUAUUUCGAAUUUGAAUCAUCGAUCGUCAGAAGUUCUUGGCGUGAUGGUUUCGAUUUGCUUGCUUCUUUUCUCUCUCAUUCCUCUGUGUUUUCUUCUUUUGCAUUGUAAGCCCAACAACUUCCUUCCCUUUGGACGGAAUUACGUGCAUGGUUUUUGUCAUA